AUGCUCGGCCGCCAAACGCGCGGAGACGGCGCGGAAGCGGCCGCUGCGGGGGCGGCCCCGACGGGCGGUGCCCGGCCCGGCCCCUCCCGAGCCGCCCCACGGCGGCAGCGGCGGCCCCGCCCGAGCCACGCUGCGGGGCCGGGGCCGGGGCCGGGGCCGGAGCGAGCCGUGGCGGCCGUCCGGAAGAAGCUGGUGAUCGUGGGGGACGGCGCCUGCGGGAAGACCUGCCUGCUGAUCGUCUUCAGCAAGGACCAGUUCCCCGAGGUGUACGUGCCGACCGUCUUCGAGAACUACAUCGCCGACGUCGAGGUGGACGGGAAGCAGGUGGAGCUGGCCCUGUGGGACACGGCGGGCCAGGAGGACUACGACCGGCUGCGGCCCCUCUCGUACCCGGACACGGACGUCAUCCUCAUGUGCUUCUCCAUCGACAGCCUGGAGAACGUUCCCGAGAAGUGGACCCCCAAAGUGAAGCACUUCUGCCCCAGCGUGCCCAUCAUCCUGGUGGGCAACAAGAAGGACCUGCGGAGUGACGAGCACACGCGGCGGGAGCUCGCCAAGAUGAAGCAGGAGCCCGUGAAGCCCGAGGAAGGGAGGGACAUGGCCAACAGGAUCAGCGCCUUCGGCUACCUGGAAUGCUCGGCCAAGACGAAGGAGGGCGUGCGGGAGGUCUUCAAGAUGGCCACGCGCGCCGGCUUGCAGGUCCACAAGAACAAGAGGCGCAAAGGCUGCCCGCUGCUGUGAGCGGCGGGGCCGGGGGACGCCCCGGACCCUCCUGCGCCGCCCUGGACCCUCUUGCAGCGCCCCCAGACCCUCCUGCACCGCCCCGGACCCUCCUGUGCUGCACCCUCCUGCGCUGCCCCGGACCCUCCUGCACUGCCCCGGACCCUCCUGCGCCACCCCGGACCCUCCUGCGCUGCACCCUCCCGUGCUGCCCUGCGCCACUCUGGCCCUUCCUGCACCAUCCUGCACCUACAGGAGCUGACGUGCCAGUGCCCACCGUGCAGAAGCUGCCGCCGGGGCACCGGGCACCGCUGGGGCUGGGCGGUGUGUUUGAUAGCUCCAGUGCUGGCACAGCGUAGCGCGGCACGGUGUAGCGCAGCACAGCAGUGUAGCACAGCGUGGUGUAGCGCAGUGCAGCCGCGCAUGGCACGGUGCAGCACAGUGCGACACGGUGCGGCACGGCCCACCGGGGCAAUUUUGGUCCCACUCCGCAGGCAGGGCCGUGCAGAGCCACCUGUGCAGGGUGCUUGGCAGCUGCCCCAGACACUCAGCUCCCGGACCCGCGCGGCGCCGGUGCCUCCCAGCCCGUGCGCCUCGCUCCUCCUUGUGGCUGAGCUGACCAUGGACUUGGCACCAGUAAUGCAAACCAUAGCUGGGAGAAUAAAUGCAAACAGGUGUGUUGGUGCUGGGAA